CGGGGCCGCUCGCGGCGUCGCGGCCGGCGCGGAGCGUUUGGGGCUGGGAAACGGCAGCCUGUGGCGGAAAGGGCCGGGCAACUGCGUUUGGGGAGCAGGAGGUUCGUCUGCCGUAGUGGACGGGUCACGUUGCCAAAUGGAUGCCAGAGACAAGCAGCUUUUGCGCUCCCUGCGCCUGGAGCUCUGCACGGAAGUACUGGUGGAUGGACUGGUUAUUCAGUAUCUCUAUCAAGAAGGCAUCCUCACUGACAGUCAUGUUCAAGAAAUAAAAUCCCAAACCACCAGUCAAAGGAAAACCAUGAUGCUCCUUGAUAUUCUUCCUACUAGAGGACCCAAGGCUUUUGAUGCAUUCCUGGAUUCCUUACAGGAGUUUCCAUGGGUUAAGGACAAGUUGACGGUGAAGCGUAAGGAAAUGACAGUACAAGAUCCUGCAGAUGCAACCGAAAUUGCCCCAUGUAUUUUGAAGAGUUCACCAACAGAUCAACAGAUGAACAAGCUUGCAAGGAGAUUGGGACCCGAAUGGGAGCAUAUUGUUCUGUGCUUGGGUUUGUCCCAUACUGACAUCUAUCGAUGUAAAGUCAAUCACCCUCACAACAUUCAGUCACAGAUAGUAGCUGCACUUGUACUGUGGAGACAGCGUUUUGGGAAAAAUGCAACGAUCCAAAGUCUGCAAGCCAGUCUGAUGGCAGAAGAAGUGGAUCCUUCUGUGAUGCAGUACCUGCUUGACUAAAGCCUUGCCAUUCAUUGGGAGCUUUCGAGCACUUUGCUAAAUUACAUACAUCACUGAGACGAGUUGAAGAGUGCAUCAAACUGGCAAAACUGGGGUUGAGAACUUUGAUUUUAUUAAGUUUCUACAUUUCAGUUUUCUGUGGCACCUUGUGACUUGUAAUUUUUUUCAUGCCAGGUUUCUUUUUAGCAGGCAUUAAAAAAUGGAUCACUCUUUCCUCUUUCUUUGCUCUUGUACUAUUCCAGUGGGGAUAUAGGGAGACGCUUAAAGUCCUUGCACACAGGAGGCUCUGCAGUGAGUUCAGCAAGGUUUCCCAUUUCACUGUGGAAGCAACACUUGAUUUAACCUGUUUUCUGCACUAUGGACUAAAUGCCUUUUUUACUGCUGUUCUGUGCUAAUUCCCUGAUAUCCCAGUAAGAAAUGAGAAUAAUCAUUGUUACUAAUGCAAUGAUUAUACAGCAGUUACUGCUGUUGCAGGUGACCUGUGUCACAUUUGUCAGAGUCUUAGCACAUAUCAUUUCUUGUCACCUUACUCUACCUUUCAAACUGGCCCUAAGAGGGAGUAACAGGAACCUGGUGUGCCCGUGAGGUCUUUUCCCAUUAUAGUUUAAUAGGUGUAGGUUUCUCCAAGGAGUCAGACACUGUGUAAGUGUGGGUGGGGAAUUCUCUGGGAAGAUACGCAGCAGGAAAGUGACCAGAGGAUAGGCAGAGAAGGUGCCUAAGAAAUGAGAUGACUUCUAAGUUUCCCAUCUUUGUCUCAGCUAGUAAACUGGAAGAUAAACUGAUGUCUGCUGAGUCUUUGUACUGUAGCAUGUGUGCAAAGGCAACAGAAGCAACCAGCUGCUCUUAGAGACCUGAUGGCAAAAGGCUAAAUACAUGUUAAUUCUUUAUGGGCACUUUACCGUACUGUAAAUGAGGAACAAUGUUUGAGUGCAGGGUUUCCAGGUCUAUUUAUGAGCAAGUUCUGGUAGACCAUUUCAUCUAUACAGAGUCAUUGCCAAAUAACUUCCCAUCCUACAGGAUCUGCUCCAUAUAAUUUAACAGCUUAACAGGCUUGUCAGAAAUCUUUACUAGAGAAAAAAUGAGCUUUAUUGCCUUUUUUUCUUUUUUAAUUCUUCCUCUACUCUGAUUUUUGAAGCCAUUUCCCAAAGAUGGGAAAGUAGGAAAAACAAAGACAUUUUCAGGAGACGUUGUCUGCCUUGCUUUUCAGAAGCAUGAAGAGAGAAAACGUCCUGGCAAUUGCUGCAGGUCAGGAAGUGAUCUGGUAGUAGUCUUCUGUGUACAGUUUUCACCUUCAGUAAAUCAUGAUCCUGUUAUACCUCAUUCAGAUCUUAAUUAAUCAUAUCCUAUUACAGCUAUUUACAGAGUCUAAGUCUAUCAACAAGUCCCAAAUAAACAGUUUAAAUCAAUUUAGGCCGUGUUACUUAUUUUACUAGUUUAUGAUGCUUUCAUGCCAGCAUAUACUUUUUGUUGAAAAACUCCUAGAGGUAAUACAGAGACAUUUGGCAAAUUCAUGUAGACAACGGUGCAGAGAAAGGAGUGUGAGGACUCUGAACCUGUUUUGCCAUGAGAUGAGCACCGGUGUGACAUGCAUGUUAGGGAAGAGGGGCAGAGCGGCGUCCCUGGCAGCAGCUUGGAGGGAGAUGUGGAGCGGGACAAAAUACUGAAAGCAGGGCUUACAGGAGGAAUGCAGCUCCCAGUCACAUAAAUUCAAGGACCUUAUCUUGUUCUGAGCCGGCAUGGGCCAAGUCUGAACACAGACUGGCUGCAUGGGGAGACAUCCCCAGUUAGCACAGCCCAAAUGCGGCAGUACAACCAGUCUGCAGUGAAGCAGUAGGAUGGGUGGUGAACUCACAGGGCCCUGCUACUUUCUUCUCCACAUGGACUUUGGGUUUUACAUUCUUCUUUCAUAAGGCCAAUGUCAGAUUACACAUAACUAUAUUUAGAGCAUUUUAAAGAAAAAAGCUUGGAACAGGUACGAAGUCUCAUGCCAAAGAAGCCUUCCUAACCAGUCAGGUAUCCUGACAAAGCACCUAAUUCAUAAUUUAUAGCUGCUUUCACGUUCCCAGGCCCAAAGUUAAUGCUGUAAUACUUGAGCUGCAAAUAGUGAAGGGAGAGGUUUACUUGUUUUAUGAGACUGUUUCCAUUGCUGUUAUUUUUAAAUUCAUGGAAAUGUUUCUAUUAGACUCUUCAGUUUUAUUAAGGCUUGUUUUUGCACCACACAAAUACAGGGACACAUUAAACUUGACAGUAGUAUUCCUUUAACCCAGUGGAUUUUUCCAUCUACUUAAAAAUAUUUUUCUUCUGUAUGUAAUGCUUUAUUUUACACAAGGAUGUA